AUGAUCAGUAUAGAAGAUAGAUUUUUCAGUCUCCAUCGGACUCUUUUGCUGGCAAUUGGUUUAUGGCCUUAUCAAAAAUCGAAACUUGCUCAACUUCACUUUAUAUGCUGUUUUAGUAGUAUAGUCAGUCUUAUUAUAUUUCAGGUGAAAAACUUAAUGGAACAACUUCAACACAUGUGUGAUAAUUUAAAAGACAAUAAUGAAAUUGCUAUUGUAGAAAAAUACGGUAACAACGCAAAACGUUAUACAAUUAUACUUACAAUAAUGGUCGGCAUCGGACUGUCUACUAUGAUGAUCGUUCAUUUAUGGCCGGCUUUCUUUCAUUUUAUUUUAUCGGUAAACCAGUCUCGACCACGUCAUUUACAGAUUAUGGCUGAAUAUUUUGUUGACCAGGAAAAAUAUUUCUAUUUACUUUUAUUCCACACAAUCGCAGCUAUCUCUAUAGGAAUAUUUGCAGUGGUAGCCACAGGGACAAUGCUUAUUGCAUUUUUACAACAUGCCUGCGGAAUGUUUAGAAUUGCUAGGUAA